AUGACCGAAAUUUGCAUCAGGUUUUCCUCCGGAGAUCUGACCGAGUAUGACGAUGCCAACGGAGAUCCUCAACAGCUGCCGCAGCCUCCACCGCCGUCAACUUCAACUCAAGUUCAUCAACAACAGCAACCGGCCCUGCCACCACGGCCUGUUCCGGCAUCUGGGCCUAGCAGCACAGCGCAGCCAAUACCUCAACCUCAACAACAGCAGGUCGGUCAAGCAGCAGCGGUUCCACAGCAACCGGACCUGUCGUUGCCGUUGAGAUCAAGCAGCCGCACAACGAGCGCUCCCACAUCUCCGGCGAAAUCGCGCGAAUCUUUGCUCCAAAGGGUUUCCAGCUUAACAUCUAAUGUAGUGGGCAACGUAAGCCGCGUAGCUUCAUCCCAGAUACAACAACAACAGCAGCAAACGGUCGAAACUGGCAAGUUAUCGUACAAUAAGGACCACUGCUUCACCUUGUUGGUCAUUGACGACCAAAAUACUGACUGGUCAAAGUAUUUCCGAGGACGGCGGAUUCACGGAGAUUGGGACGUCAGAGUGGAACAGGCGGAAUUCCGCGAACUCUCCAUCACGGCUUCGACCGACGGCGGCGCCACUGUCUCCAUGGCCGUUUACCGCAACGGCACCAAAGUCGUCAGGGCUUUCCGACCGGAUUUCGUGCUGAUUCGCCAGAACAUGCGUGACGCUGGUGAGGACUACAAAUCCAUCGUGCUCGGUCUCAAGUUUGGCGGUGUGCCCAGCAUCAACUCUCUGGAGACCGUCUAUCAUUUCCAGGACAAACCGUGGGUGUUUGGCCAUCUGCUGGAUCUGCAACGUCGUUUCGGCCGCGAGCAAUUCCCCCUGAUCGACCAGACCUUCUACCCCAACCACCGCGAAAUGAUCUCGGCUCCUCGGUUGCCCGCCGUCCUCAAAAUCGGCCACGCUCACGGAGGACUCGGCAAACUCAAGGUGGAGACUCCGCUGGAUUUCCAAGACGCCGCGUCCGUCGUAGCUGUUUCCAAUUCCUACUGUACGGUAGAGCCUUACGUGGACUCCAAGUUCGACGUGCACAUCCAGAAGAUCGGCAACUACUACAAAGCCUUCAUGCGCAAGUCGAUUUCGGGCAACUGGAAGACUAACCUGGGCUCGGCCAUGCUAGAGCAGACACCCAUGACGGACAAGUACCGCGGCUGGAUCGAGGCCGUCUCGGCCCAAUUUGGCGGCCUCGAUCUCUGCGCCCUGGAGGUCUUGGUGGCCCGCGACGGACGCGAGAUCAUCAUGGAGCUCAACGACUGCGCCUUGCCGCUCCUCGGCGACUCGCAAGAGGAGGACCGCCGUCUCAUCUCGGAGCUCGUCCUCCAUCGUAUGAACACUCAAUGUCGACCACCUGGGAUGCCACCCGGUCCACUUGCUGGUCCGGCUCCAUCCACCAUGUCGAACGCGCAAUCCCGCCAUUCGAUAACAAGCGGUAGUCGACCAGAAUCGCCAAUGGAAAUGGAACGUAGCAGCUCAGCUAUUCCGCCUUCGCUGGCCGGCGAAGAUUCAGUUCCAGGAGUCGCUGGUGGUGCCCCGGCGUUGGCUUCUCAGCAGUCAACGCCAUCGCACCAGCCAACGUCUCGUGACGUCUUGGGUGGAGGCAAUCCAUUCCUCACCCGACGCGGUACCGAAGACGGGUCGCAGUCCGUUUCCGCAGGAUCGUUGGCCCGUUCCUUUUUUACUCGCAGUUCGUCCCAACAAGCGCAGGAAGGAUCAACUGGAGGACCUGACGACGGUGAGGACACGAUGAAGAAUCUGCGGAAAACAUUCGCCGGAAUCUUCGGUGACAUGUAAA